AUGUCGGAUGAUAUGACGUUACUGGUCGAUGGGGAAGCUGAUAAGAUAUUAUGUUACAAUAAGGAGCAGGUUGAUGACAAGCUUGUGACAAUAUCACAAUGCCAAAACUGCACGAUCUAUAUACUCGGCUGUCCCUCUUUGGUCGUUAUCAAUGGUUGCAACCGAUCUCUGGUCUUUGUCGCUACUUGUACUGGAAGGUAAGUUACCUUUUGUAAAGAUAACUAUGUUAUGUUACUAUAGCUACUAGCUGUUAUUAGCUAGCCACAUUCUUUGACGGUAAUGUGAAAGUAGCUAAUAUUAUCUAGAGAUCUUUACUUCCUUUUUUACCUUGUCACUGUCGUAUAUUGACAUUUCAGUAUUUCUUAUCGGAACAACGAUCACGGCACGUUGGUGGCUACUUGUCGACAGUUCCGUGCCUACAGGAGUAACUUCUACUUCUACGGAUUUGUGACGACAGAUCCUGUUUUUGAAGAAUGCUACUGUAACAUUCAGGAGAACGGAGCCAGCUUUGAUAAGCUACAAGGUCAGUUAUAUGUUUUCUUGAAGGUUUUGCGACAUUUGACCUUGUUCUUUAUGAUAAUGUCACUAAAGUCUCUAUGUAUAAAAGUCUGUUAUUGAAGAUAAUUUGCGUUUUUUAUAAUUUUCUGAAAUAAUGUCACCUUUGUGUCAUUUUGACUGUUCAUGUUGUUGUAGAUAUGUUAAAGGAACGUGGGUUUACUGGUCGAAACAAAGUCACGUCAGCUCGCAAUUUCACUCCAGGAGUCGGCGACAUCAGAGUCGUGGAGGAGCGGUCUCUCCCGGCGACAGAGCAUCUUCCUCAACAUUACUCCAGUCAACAUAUCCAUGGCGUCACGCUGUUCGCUUAA